AUGACGAACAAGUUGGCGUUUGAAGCGCUUGAUAGAACUUUUCGUGACCUAAUGAGUUCAAAUGUUGCUUCGGCUCGUGAUAUUCCAUUUGGUGGGAAAGUUAUUGUUCUUGGUGGUGAUUUUAGACAAGUGUUGCCAGUUAUUCCAAAAGGAACUCGUGCUGAAAUAGUUAUGGCUUCAAUUAAUUCAUCAAUUCUUUGGAAGCAUUGUAAGGUAAUGUGGUUGACAAAAAAUUUUAGGUUGGGAAAGAACUCUGUUCUGUCAAAUUUGGAUGAAAUAAAGGAAUUCUCAGAUUGGAUUUUAAAGAUUGGUGAAGGUUCUUGUGGGAAUCAAAAGGAGGAUGAAAUAAUUGUUGAUAUUCCAAGUGAUUUACUUAUUCCUCCAACUGACAAUCCUAUUCAGGAUAUUGUUUCAGCUAUAUAUUCAAAUAUUCAUGAUAACUAUGGUAAUGUUUCUUAUUUUCAAGAAUGUGCUAUACUUGCUCCUACUGUUGAUAUUUUGCAACAGAUAAAUGACUUUGUUGUUGACAGUUUUCCUGGGCCUGAGAAGGUUUAUUUGAGUUCUGACUCUAUUUGCUGCAGUCAUUUUCAAGAUGGGAUUGACACUGAUUGGUUGACAACUGAGUUUUUGAACCAGAUUACAUGUUUUGGGAUACCAAAACAUGCUCUUAAAUUGAAGAAAGGUGUUCCCAUUAUUUUGUUACGAAACAUAGAUCAAGCAAAUGGAUUGUGUAAUGGAACUCGACUCAUUGUUCAAGAUCUUGGGGAGAACAUUAUUGGUGCUGAAAUUGUGUCCGGAAGUAACAUUGGUGACAAUUUUUAUUCUUCGGAUGAAUUUAAUACCCAGUGA